GCGACGUCAAGGGAAGGUCGGAACACGCCGUCGCAAUGAAAUCACCUCAAGGCUCCUCUAACCAAUUACUAAUAUUUACUUUUAUCGGCGUUUUAAUUCUAAUCUCUUGCGUCUUCCGGGAUACAGGAAACGUUCGCCCCAUUCCAGAUGCUCUGACUGUGCCGCGAGUGCCACUCAGGGAUGAAUUUGUGGCUGCAUAUCCCGAGAAGCGGACGGACAUCGACUGGAAAAAAGUUAUCAGAACCGCGUACAUCCCACAAAAUGUCCGCCUCAUUCCAAAUACUCUUCCUUUCCCUCGGCGAGUAGCACCGACUGAAAAGGUUUUGGCUGCAGAUCCUGAGGAGCGGACGGACAUCGACUGGAAAACGAUGCCGAGCCCUCUGCCUGAACCGCGAUGGCCCGAGCUGGACCACAACAUGCCGGCCCAUACCCUGUGGCCCGCCGACCCUGCCUGCGCCAUGUACAACGUUUCUUUUGCCCUCAAUAUGAACAAAACCUUCCUGGUGUCCUACCCGCGGUCCGGCAACGCCUGGACUCGUUACCUGGUGGAGGGGGCGACGGGCGUGACUACAGGGGCGGUUUAUUCAGACGAAGACCUCAUUCACUUCCGUAUAAAAAGCAACUUGGCGCAGCUGAAAGGGAAAGUUAUCCUCGUAAGGAUCCAUUUCAACACGAGAGAAAGUGUUCCAGACGACGUUCCGGUUAUAUUAUUACUAAGAAAUCCAGCCAAGUCUAUUGUUUCUUACUACAAUUUUAUGUGGGGAGAAGGAAAUGUGAACAGGUAUAGGAAUGUAAGCUAUGGGUCCUACUUUACAGAAAGCUUUAAAAAGCACUUUGACAUUCAGCUUCAGAGAUGGACAAAGCUGGCCAUGGACCGGCUUUUGCACUCUAGGCGGCUGCUGGUGAUCCCGUACGAGGAGCUGCAGAAGGACCCGAUGGCACAGGUGCGAAGGACGCUCGCGUUCAUGGGCGUUCCGGCGGACGAGGAGCGUCUCGCUUGCCUCCGACGCAACUCCGAGGGGUUUGCCUUGGGCCUACAGAGACAGAUUGACCCGUACACUUCCGAGCAGAAAGCGGCGAUGGCGAAGGCUGUGGCAGAAGUGUCUGAACUGCUUCGCGAAAGAAACUUCCCUCCGCUGCCUGCUUACGAUUAGAUUUACAUACACAUAUAGAUAAAUAAACUAUAUAUAUAUUCCCACACAUAUAUAUUGUAUAUGUACAUGUAGAUAUACAUACAUACAUACAAACACAUACGCCCACACACACACACACACACACACACACACAUAUAUGUAUAUAUAUAUAUAUAUAUAUAUAUAUAUAUAUAUAUAUAUAUAUAUAUAUAUAUAUAUAUAUAUAUA